AUGGGUUGUGGAGCAUCAGAAACAGUCACCUUACCAACAACAAAUACGAAUGGCAAUCACUAUCAACAAUCAUCAGCAAAUCAACGACAACAAAAACUAGUAAAAGCAGAAGAAAAAGAAAUACAACCAUCAAGGGAAAGUUUUACCCCUUCAUCAACAAUGGCAAAUAACAGUACGACUAGUUCAAUUAAUGUUCUUAUCGGUUGUCAUUCUGAUCAACAUUCAUUGGGUGAACAAUUUAGAACAGCAUGUCAAAAAUCAGCAUUAAAUGUAUAUUUAUUAACAGAAUCGCAACCCAAAACGUUAGGCGCUCGCGCUAAUUUGAUAAGAUGGUGUGACGUUUACGUUGUUUUAAUUAGUACGUCUUAUAAACGUACAAUGGCAUGUAUGGAAAUAAUUAAUUAUGCAAAUGAAUUGAGAAAAUCAAUUAUUACUGUACAAGCUGAAAAAGAUUUUAGACCUUAUGCGGAUCUUGGUGCAAUAGCUGCAAGUUCAUUAAAAAUGAUUAAUCUCGAUGAAAAUUCACCUUCAAAUGGAAUUGCCGAAACAGUAAAUUUAAUUGGUUCAAAAGUGAAAAAAGGUAAACAAGGAAAAAAUGUCAUCGAUCCAGCAAAGGUUCAAGAUGAAGUGAGCAAUACCCAAUUGGGUGAAGGAACAAAUAACGCUCAAGUACUAAUUUGUACGGCUAAUGAUGGUCUAAAAGUAGCCGAAUUGGUUUACAAUGGUCUUCAGCAACAUAAAAGUGGUACAACAGCAAUAAUUGAAAAUUUAUCAACAGCAAAAUCGUCAAGUGUAUCAAAUUGUUCAGUAUUUGUACCGAUUAUAAGUCCGCAAUUUGAAGAAAACUUAUUAUGUCAAGCUACUUUUGAAAAAGUACGCCAGUUAAAUAUACCUGUUGUACCUGUAGUAGCUAUUCCAAAAUUUAAACCCGAAGAUUGGUUAGGUUUACCAAUUGCUGGGAAAGUCUAUUUUCGUUUAUUUGAUGCUGAAACAGCAAAUAAACCAUUCUGGGAUUCAACUCGGAUGAAAGAUUUUGUGUAUUCCGUUCAAAGUGCUUUAUUACCUGUUCCAACUGAUAGCGUACGAGAAGAAAAAGAAAUUGAAUAUUUGAAUGAAAAACUAAAUGAAUGUAAAUCAAAACUGAAAACAUGGCCACCACCACGAAAACAACAAUCAGGACAAGCGGGUAAUCGAAAGCCCGUAAAAGUUCAAUUAGAAGAACCAAAAUCAACACACGAUUUUAUACAUAUCCAUCAUGAAAUAACAAGAAUGGAACGUAAACCACCACCAGCACUGAUCGAUGAAUAUGGUGUACCAAUACGAAGAAAAUUUGAUUGUAUGAUUAGUUAUCAAUGGGAUUUUCAAUCUUUAGUUAGAAAAAUUUAUGAAGAUUUUAAUAUGAGAACAUUAAAAACAUGGUUCGAUAUAUGGGGAGCGAUGAUGGGUAGUACAACUAUGGCAAUGGCAACAGGUGUUGAAUGUUCAAAAGUGAUUUUGGUAUUUUUAUCAAAAAGUUAUGCUGAAUCUGCUAAUUGUCAAUUAGAAUUUCGUUAUGCAAUUUAUCGUGGAAAACCUUUUGUUGUGAUCAAAACUGAACCAAAUAUUCAAUUAGAACAAUGGAUGUCAGAAGCAAUAGAAGGUUUUCCACAAUACAAUGUUUAUGACUAUGAGCAAGUUACAGCUCUGAUCAAUGGGGUUCCACUGAUUGAUGUAAUAACUCAAGCAAUACGUAAAUUAGGCUUGGUACAGCCCAAUGAUGUCGUCAAUGAUUGUUCAAAACAAGUAUUAGAUAUGAGAAAUUUAUUAGAUGAUGCUUUAGAUGAGAUAAGUCAACAAUCAGGAAAACAACGUUUUCAAAAAUGUACCAGAUGUGGUGGUGAAUUUGAUGAUUUCUCAAAAAGUGGAUGUAAAAAGCAUCGAGCUUAUUAUGUGGGUGGUUCACUUAUAGAAGGACGAUGGGUAUGUUGUCGUGAACAGUCGACGGAUUCGCCAGGUUGUGAAGAUUGUGACCAUAUAAGUGAGCCAAGAAAGUGUGUACAAGAUUCCUAUUAUGGAACAUGGACAUGGGAGCCAGCAUAA